GACUCUGUCUUUCAUCAACGUGAGGACGAGAGAAGAGGACGAGAGAGACAGAGAAGAACAAUGGUUGAGUUCAGAUGGAUUCAAAUGUCUUUAUUCGUGAUCCUGAUGCUUCAGUUUCCAGCAACAACUGGACAACUUUCAUCUGUCACUGUCAGAGUUGGAGAUGACGCCACUUUGUCUUGUGGAAAUCGGAUAGAUGGACAGAAGAACUGUGACAAUAUAACCUGGUACUUCAAUGAUAUAAAAGGAAGAAUAUUGAUGACGCUAGUUGAUCUUGGACAGGUCAGAUCUAAACCAGACAGACUGAGUAUUACAACAACCUGUUCUCUGGUUAUAAAGAAGGUCACGGUGGAGGAUGUUGGUCAAUACUUGUGCAGUUCACUACAACAGCAACAGUACAUGAACUCUGUGGUUGAUCUGUCUGUUAUUACUAGCAAUGAUCCAACAACUCUAACACCAACCACAACAACAACAUCACCAACCACAACAACAACCACAACAACAACAUCACCAACCACAACAACAACAACAACAACAACUGCAAUAACAACAGAUAAAUCAGCAACAACUGGAAAAUCAACCACAGCAUCAAUAACCACUACAAUAAGAUCAGUGACAAUUAUAUCUCCAACCAUCAAUGAGCCACCAAAUCAACAAGAUUCUUCCCAUUUGUUGAGAUCCAUCAUUGUGUCUGUGGGUUUAGCAGCACUCUUAAUAUCUGUUGUUACAGUCAACAUGUGGAUUAAAAGUAAAGGGAACAAGACACAGAUGGAAGAAAACACUGUGCAGAAUGAUGGAGGUGAAGGUGAAGGUUCAGUGAUCUAUGAAAACUAUGGAGACCCUUCUGCUUCAGUCAGACUCCACUGAUCAACGACUUCAACAUCAACUCACCACAGACACGAGUCCACUGCUUAAACAUCAUCUCAUCACAUUUAACAUGAGCAGAAAACAACACAAGCACAAGAUCAUUUUAAUACUGUGGAUCAACAACAUGACAACACAUUUAGAGUCUUCAGCUAAAUCACAUCAACACUGUUUGAUCUCAGCUUCAACCAACAAGAAAUAUUUCUGAUAGUAUUUAUGUAGAACAUUUACUGUCAUUUAUUUGUGUAAUGUAUUGUGUGAUAUACCCAAUGCACAUAAAAUUGCAAAUAAAUUUCGAGUAAAAAAAUCUGAAUUAUUUUCUCUCUGGUUAUGAGCAGAGAUAAAUAUGUUGAUUCAUUAACACAAAAUGGUUUAUGUCAAUGUUCAGUGUGACUAUUUGGCAGCAAUUAGAUCUAUUCACACCUGUCCUUCUGGGUCAAAUUGACCUGGUGAUAAUCUUAACUGAUUAUAGUUUCUGAGAAGUUUUGUGUUUGAGAAUGGACCAACUAUGGAUCAAUUUAUGAGGGUAAGCAUUACAAGAAAACUGUCAUUAACUUUAUAUUAUAAGAAAACUGUCAUUAACUUUA